AUGGCUCCUGCGCCUGCGCCUCCCCCAGGCCAGAUCCUGACCGGCAAACAGGAACACUACCUCAAGCGCGAAUUGAUAUCCCUGCAAGUCCGCGCGGAAAUUGCAGAACUCAACUCCCCCACCGCCCUCCGCCGCUUCGGAGCUCCCUUCAAGUCGGAUCUCGGAGAGAUUGCGCCCAUCGAUUCAGAGCUACCCAUCCUCAGGUUCAUUUUCGUCCAUCAUGUCCGCAAGUUCCCUUUCCUCGAUCAGGCCAGGGAGAAGGAGUUUUGGCAGGACAAGCUGCAGGUGUUCCUCGAGUCCUUCGCCAACAAACACAUCUCCUCCAGCGAGGACAGGCAUGAAGUUACUAAACGGCGAAAAUUGGCGCUGAAAUGUGAGAAGCUGGUGGAGCUCAUGAUGGUCUCUGGCAUCCCCACCGCAUCUGGGUAUGAAGAACGUAUCCGCUUCUCGGAAAUGGAGGUGGUGGAUCGCGGUGCGAAUGAGCAGGGGCUGCUUGUUAAUAUUCCCGAGGGUCAUGCGAUACACGGCUGGGAUGUAAAUGUUGCCGGUGCCCGGACUACCUUAGUUAAGCGGACGGUUAGAUAUCAUCAGCAUGCGGAAUUCAUCCUCAGAGUGAGACAACACGGCAAGCCGGAUCGUUACGUUGGUCGACGAUUCGGCGAAUUCGCCAAACUUCAUAAACGUCUCCGUACCGAAAUGCCUGGUAAAAUCCUUCCGCCGCUACCAAGGAAGAACAAAAGAUCUGUUUCCUCCACCAUCCUCGGAGGCGGCGACGACGAUGCCUCAUCCAUCUCCUCCAUCUCAACUCAAGACAUCAAUUUCGCAGAUGAUUCGCGCUCCUCACGAACCCUCGGCGUCAACAACCUGGAUGACAGCCGUCGCUCUUCGUCCCGCUCAUCUUUAACCGGCAAGCUGAAAUCAAAUACGGCAACCCCACGAGCUUCAAAUGCCGAUCUUUCUUCUGAAACAACAGUAUCCCUAUAUCGUGAGGAGCAGAGAGUAUCUCUCCGCGCGUUCCUACGCACCCUGCUAAGGAACCAGCGGAUUGCGGAGUCCAAGGCGCUAGAGGAAUUCCUCACCGCGAACCCUAUCACGCUGAAUGAAGAGGAGCUUAUGGAUAUCAAACGCAGGAAGUAUUUGGAUGCGAAACGGAUUGAGGAGCAGAAACAGUUUUACGAGAUUGCGAGGAAGAGGGCGCAGGAGUUGGAUGUUUAUAUGGAACAGUUUCGGCAGGAUAUCGUUGAGAAUAAUGGCUUAACGAAGCUAUUUCAGGAGAUCCGCGCAAAACACACAGUUGAGGAGUUAAGCCCGCAGUAUCAGAAGUUUGCAGAAUGGCUUCGAAUUGAGGUUGCCGCAACGCUAUACCACCUUUUCCUAGCAGAAGACAACUCGCCCGAACUCUUCGCCCAAGCAAAAAGCAUCCACUCCUUAGUCCCCUACACGAUGAUGAAAAACGUAAUCCGCAUCACGAACCCAGCCGCCGUCAUGUCCGGCGCGCUAAACCUCUUCCUCGCGCAGCCCUUCGGCUCCCGCUCGUUACUCCAACACAUUUUCUCCCACGCCAUCCAUGACGGAAUCAAGACGUUCCAGCGCUCGAUAGACGCGCUCAGUGCCAAGAUCGACGAUCCGGUGCUUGUCAAUAAGCUGCAGGCAUUCACGGCGGCGGAUGAGGAGGUUAAGAAUGAGCUGAGGCGGGAGGCGAAGGAGGAUGAUGUUGACAUCGUGGUUACGAUUUUGAGGUCGGAGUAUUUUGAGCCGGAGCUUAAUCCUGGGCAGAUCGAGAAGGUUUUUAACUCUUAUGUUGCGUGGGUUAAUGCGGUUGAGAAUGUUGAUAUGCAGAUGCAGCAUGGAGCGCACUGGUUUGCAUACCUUAAGCAGCUGUUGAAACUGCUAACCCGACAGCGUGAUAAAGCGAUGAUGUUGAGCAUUAUCGAAGAGCCCGUCACCCUCCAGCUCUUCCGCGACCUCUUCACAAUCUUCUACGAGCCGCUCGUCCGUGUCUACAAAUCCGCCAACGUCUACAACAGCAUAACUGACUUCGCCGAAUUCGCCGACGACGCCAUCGCCGUCAUCGAACGCGCUCAGCGCCAAGACGUAUCUGCAGAUCCCAACCAGACCGUCCAGGCCUUCAUCGACCUCUGCGCCCGCCAUCAGCACAGCUUCUACAAAUUCGUCCACGAAGUCCAUCUGCACGACAAUGGCCUCUUCGACGCCCUCAUGGGCUGGCUGGAGGAUAUCUUGCACUUCCUGCGCCACGGGCCGCGCAGCGGGGGCACGUUGGAUAUGAAUGCCUUGUUCCGCGGGGCGGUUGCGGUGGGACAGAUUAAUGCCACGGUAGCAAUGAAGGAGAUUGACUCUUUGGUGAAAUGGCAUGCGGAUCGGAAGAAGUGGCAUCACGAUAAGACGCGGCAGAAGAUGGCGGCGGAGGGCUCUGGGUCGGCUGAGUCGGAGAUGCAGGUGCCGGGCAGCGCGACGUUUAGGGGGAGUGAUUUUGGGUUGGACGAGGGCGACCUUGAAGACCUCGCCAUCGAUGACCUAGCCUCGCAUACCUCCGACGAAGACUCCGCUGACGACGACCUCGACCCCAUCUCCCUUGAGCGCAAGCGCCGCUCGAGACACCAGGACCGCUUGCGCCGCACGGCAGGUGAGCCUGUUAAGCCGGAGAUCAAAGAGAUUUUGAAGCUGCGGGAGUCGUUUGGGGCGAUGUUGCGGACUGUUCUUGCCGAUUGA